CUUUGCGCAAAUGCACGCGAUCACAGGUCAGUGGGCAGAAGUGAUUCACCCGUAUCUGAUGGCAACCUAUCGCUCUUUCGCACCGAAUCAAAAUGGCAAUUUCCCGGCCGGUGGGAGGAACACCUCGGUUGCCGGAACACCCAGUAGCCCUGUAGUUCCUGCCACUGAAGCACACGGAAACGGCUCGCCGCUCAACGUUGCGGCUCUGGAAGCGUCUCCAGUGGGGGCAGCGAUUGCUGCCGCAGCAGCACAACACAUCGAACAUCAGCAGGUGGUAUCCACGACGUCCACCACUGGAAAUACUGCUAGUUCCUCGAGCAGCAGCACCCGGCAUUUUUACGAGAAGAAUCACUGUCGAAGUGUACAGAUGUUGGGGUUUGACCUGUUGCUCGAUACAGACUUCAAGAUGCACCUCAUUGAGGUGAACAGCGGUCCGAGCCUGAAUAUGGAAGAUGCCAUUCCGAUUGACGCACUCAGCCCUGAGUUCGCAGCAACAAUGGCCAAGCUUCGUGCCCAGGUGAAGAACUCUUCGUCUUCGAGCAGCUCGAACACCCAGAAGACUGACAACGCGGCAUCCUCAACAUGCUUACCCUGCGACAGCCCGAAUCAACUUACAGGAAAAGAUGAACCUGUUGUUGAACCACCAUUGCUGCAAUUGCCGAGCGCAACAGAAGACGGCUGCAUCACCGC